AUGAUGAAGACGGUGGUGAUGAUGAUGAUGAAUGGCCCUGCGUCUCGAGCGGGCACCGGGGUUUCGCCACCAUUAUGUUUACUACUGUGCGCUCUCGUCUUUCUCCCGCCGUGCGCUCACUCGCACCCGCAGCCGUGCCAGGUGCUGAAACGGAUCGGCCACACGGUUCGGGUCGGGGCUCUGCACGUUCAGCCUCGCUUGUUUUCCGCCACUGCUGGCAGCGGUUCUGAGGACUGGGAAGCCGAGGGAGGCUUGACGGGGAGCGCAGAGCGGCGGCUGAAGUUGGAAAAGCAGGUUAAAACAAGUGCCAGUGCGCCUGGAUACGGCAGCCUCAGGACUAGAGGCACCGUUAACAGCCAAAGGGGAGCGAACAGGAGUAAGAGCCAGGCACGGCAGCGGGAGGAGAACAUCUCCAGGGAGAACCGGGUGUUCGCACCCCGAGACUCGGUCCUGCUCGCCGUCGAGGCUCUGAACCGGGCCGGAUUACUGCCCUAUAAUUUGUCCCUGGAGCUGGUCAUGGCCGUGGGGUCCGGACUCGGAGAGCUGCCCGCGUUCUCCUUCUCCUCGGCGGGUAGCCCCGAGAAUGAGGACCCGCUGUCCUUCGUGGAGAGCGUGUGUCACACUGUGGUUGUGCAGGGGGUAUCCGCCAUGAUCGCCUUCCCACGGAACCGGGACGAGUUCGUCAAGUUAGAGUUCGUCUCGCUGGCGCUUCAGGUGCCAGUCGUCAGCGUUGUGCAGAGGGAGUUCACGCGCCAAAGUGAGAAUCCUCUCCAUUUCCAAGUGGCGAUGCGGACCGUGGAGGCCCCACCAUCCCGUCUGCUCUACUCCCUGCUGAUGAUGAACGGCUGGUGGGACAUCAGCGUUCUCCUCUGCCAGGAAUGGGACAUUAGCGACUUCCUUUCACUCAUCAAAAACAACACCCGCUUCCACCUGGGCACUCUUGUCAACCUGACAACUAACGCCUCCUCAAAAUCGGACCAGCAGCAAGCUCUCAUGCGGCAGCUGGAGGCCCUGAGAGAACCUUCAUCCACAACGGGGGUGGUGACAUUUGGGUGCGAUAUCCGGGAGGUGCGGCGUCUGUGGACGCUCGCCACUCGGAUGACGCUCCCAGACUUUCACUGGAUCUUGGGGGACAGCCAGAAUGUGGCAGAGCUGAGAACAGAGGGGCUGCCGCUGGGGCUUCUGGCCCACGGGGUCAUGGGGUCCCCUUCCCUGGAUCACUACGUCCACGACUCACUGGCGCUGGUGGCGAGGGCGGUGGGCAGUGCAGCCCAGGAGAAUCCCGCCCUGGCGCUCAUACCUGGGACUACUAACUGUAUGGAUGUACAACAGAGCAACAGCAGCUCAGGGCAAUACUUGGCAAGAUUUCUAUCCAACACCUCAUUCGAGGGCCAGAGCGGCUUUAUAUCCAGAGACAGUCACAGCCAGAAUGUCAUCUCAGAGGCCCAUCACUACAUCUGGUCCCUCCAGCUGGACCCCCUCGGCCAGCCAACCUGGACCCGCCUGGGACGCUGGCGCAGGGGGAGAGUUCUGAUGGACCAGAGGGCCUGGCCAAGCCAUGCGGGUUCGGGAGGUGGAGGUGAUUGGCGCCGACCCACGAGGCUGCACAUGCGGGUGGUGACGCUGGUGGAGCACCCGUUUGUGUUUACCCGAGAGGUGGACGGGGACGGGCUGUGUCCCGCAGGCCAACUGUGCCUCGACCCGCUCACCAACGAAUCUUCGGUUUUGGAAGGACUUUUCCAAAACCUCGCGGGACCCAACGGAUCUGUUUCCACUGACCUGAAGAAGUGCUGUUAUGGAUACUGCAUUGACCUGCUGGAGAAGCUGGGCGAGGACAUGGGCUUCACUUACGACCUCUACAUUGUCGGCGAUGGGAAGUAUGGCGGGUUUAAGAACGGUCGCUGGACGGGAUUGGUGGGUGAUCUGCUCAGUGGCGCUGCCCACCUGGCAGUGACUUCAUUUAGCAUUAAUUCAGCCAGAAGCCAAGUCAUUGACUUCACCUCACCCUUCUUCUCCACCAGCCUUGGAAUUCUGGUUCGUACUCGCGACACAGCUGCACCCAUCGGGGCCUUCAUGUGGCCUCUCCACUGGUCCAUGUGGCUCGGCAUCUUCGUCUCCCUCCAUGUCACCGCCGUCUUCCUCACCCUGUACGAGUGGCACAGCCCGUUUGGUAUGACGCCGCGUGGACGCAACCGAGACCGGGUGUUCUCCUUCUCCUCUGCGCUCAACGUGUGCUACGCUAUUCUCUUUGGGAGGACGGUGGCCAUCAAGCCGCCAAAGUGCUGGACGGGGCGCCUGCUGAUGAAUCUCUGGGCCAUCUUCUGUCUGUUCUGUCUGUCCACCUACACAGCGAACCUGGCUGCUGUCAUGGUCGGGGAGAAGACCUACGAACAGCUGUCAGGGAUACAUGACCCAAAGUUGCACCAUCCCUCUCAGGGAUUCCGCUUCGCCACAGUGAGAGAAAGCAGCGCAGAGGACUACGUCAAGAAGAGUUUCCCUGAGAUGCACGAGUACAUGAGAAGAUACAACGUCCCGGCAACACCAGAUGGAAUACACAAUCUCAAGGCUGACCCUCAGAAACUGGACGCGUUCAUCAUGGACAAAGCUCUGCUGGACUACGAGGUCUCCAUAGAUGCAGACUGUAAAACACUAACAGUUGGAAAACCCUUCGCUAUAGAAGGCUAUGGCAUCGGCCUCCCUCAGAACUCUCCUCUCACCUCCAACUUCUCUGAGCUUGUUAGUCAGUACAAGUCAGACGGCUUCAUGGACAUGCUGCAUGACAAAUGGUACAAGGUUGUGCCCUGCGGGAAGCGCAGCUUCGCUGUGACUGAGACGCUGCAGAUGGGCAUAAAGCACUUCUCCGGUCUGUUUGUGAUGCUGUGUGUGGGCGUGGCCUUAUCUCUACUGACCACCAUAGCGGAACACAUUGUGUACAAGCUGGUGAUCCCGAGGGUCAAGGAGCCACGCUUCAAAUACUGGCUGCACACGAGCCAGAGAUUACACCGGGCCCUCAACUCGGUCUUCACCGAUGACAAACUACCAACUGUUACCAAGCCAGAGAAGAGGUGCAAUGAGGGAAACAACCAGUCAGCAUCUUGGAAUCCAGCAGAGUCCUCCCACUGCAACAGGCGUAGGGUCCUUCCACAAGACAUGCAGAAUGACCUGGAGCGCCCAUCCUCCCAGGAUCUUCCUCCUCCACCGCCCCCUUCUCCCCUGCCCCAUCCCCACUCUCUUCCCCUCCUGGAGAAACACCUGCCAAUAGUGACCACCUCCAAUGGUCGCUCCGACCUGUUAGGGCGAGCAUUGAGCCACGGACUGGGCCCAGGGCAGGGCGGCUCCCUACAGGGCCUAACACAGUCCCGGGGUUUGGGUGUGGGCGACUGCGGCCCCGGCCUUGGCGUGGGCCGGAACCCCCUGGUCCAGGAGCUGUCAGAACUGGAGGGCCAAAUCCUCGUAAUCAAGCAGCAGCUGCAGUCAGCCAUGAGGAGGAAGAGAGAGCUAGAACAGUACCAAUCAGAAAACCAGCAAGCAAACCAGACUGCACCCAGUCAGCCCUCUACUCUCCAGUCUAACCAGUUUGCUCAGUAUACCCAGUCCCACCAGCAGACUAACCAACACACAAACACACUCCCAGAGUUCUGA